UUAUGAUAAAAUAUAAAAUUGUUUCUUGGUAUAAAUUAAUUAAUACUUAAUUAUAGGAUGCCAAUUUUACCCACUGGGCGAGUAUUUAAAGUUUGUGAGAGUGCCAGAAAAUUUGCCAGUUGGAGCGGAAGUUCUUUCUCUGGAGAUUCAUCCUCGCAGUCAUUUGACAAUUAUGCCGGUCGAUAAGCAGGAUGAAGACGCGCGUUACUUUGCGUACAGAGACAUUAAUUCAACUCAUAUAUCUGUUAUUUUGGCACAAUCACUGGAAGAGCUCGUUGACGCAGAAAUACCGAGGAAUCUUUUGAAAUUUCGUUUUGUCUGUGACUACUCGGACGGGGCUAAUUCUCUGACGUCUUCUCAUUUAUCUGUCACCGUCUACGUUGAAGAUAUAAACGAUCAUGCACCCCAAUUUAUUAAUACACCCUAUUAUGUAUCAGUUGAUGAAUUUACUCCUCCAGGAAUAACGAUAUUCAGAGGAAUAGAAGCGAUUGAUGGCGACAAACCAAACACGCCAAACAGCGAUAUCCAUUAUGCAAUAGUAAAAGGGAAUGAGGACGGCAAAUUUUCACUCGAGUCUGGUCAUCGAACUGCAUUAAUUCUUAGAAAAUCUUUGGACUAUGACGCCGGUGAUAAUAUUUUUUACUUAGUAAUUACAGCAACUGAUCGUGGUAUACCAUCUAAAAGUUCAAGCACGACAGUUACAGUAAAUGUCCGUGACAAUGACGACCUUGGUCCAAAGUUCACUAAAGAAAUUUACCGAGCUCGGAUACACGAAACUUAUCCACUUACACGUGGCUCUAUUCACAAGGAAAUUUCAAUGGACGAGCCAAUCCACGCGGAAGACCAAGACAGAGGAAUAAAUACACCCGUAAAGUACUCGAUAGUGUCGGGAAAUGAACGUGGAUUUUUUCAAAUUGAUUCAACAAACGGUUCGCUAUUUUUUAAACGUGGUAUCGAUCUAGAUACUGAACGUGCAACGUUGUCAAAUAAUACAUUUACCCUUCAAAUUCAUGCAUCUCAACUGGACAAUCCUUUAAAAUAUUCAUUUGCUAAAGUAACCAUUGAAAUAGUUGAUUUAAAUGAUAAUUUACCAGAAUUUGAGCAAGAGCACUAUAAUAUAAGUAUUGUUGAAAAUUUACCAAACGGAUUCAGUGUACUCCAAGUAAUUGCUCAUGAUCGGGACCAAGGUGAAAAUGGUGAAUUUAAUUAUGAGCUAGACGAUGAGUCGGGUGCAUUUGAUAUUGACGGUAAAUCCGGAUGGCUGACGGUUAAAGACGAAAGAGUAUUAGACCGUGAGAGGAUUUCGGCUAUUAAGAUGAAAGUUUUAGCCGUUGAAAAGAAACCCAGUGUUGUUACUUUAACAACUCAGAGUAAAAAUUCAAGUUAUGUAUUUGUACAAGUUAGCAUUUUAGAUGCUAACGACAAUAAUCCAAUGUUUAUACCUGGUAAUAUUUAUGAAUUUAUGACGCGAACAAACGCUAAAGUUGGAACAGUAUUGGGUAAAGUACACGCAGUUGACACCGAUCUAGGUAGAAAUGGAGUUGUAAGAUAUGCUAUUCAACAGACUGGAAAAAACAACUUCAAUAGCACUACCACUAACAAUUCUAGUAGUAAUAAGUUGGCACGUGUUCCUUUUGCCGUUGAACCACGUACUGGGGCUAUAUCUGUUGCGGAAAGUCCGAUUAUUGAGGGGAGACAUGCAAUCUUUGUUGAAGCCACGGAUCAACCAGCGAAUCCCAGCGAAAGGAGAUUCUCACUGGCCGUUGUCACGGUGGAUGUAUUUCCACCGGAUGAUUCUAGAGAUUUUAAACCGGAUUUCGUGGGGGCUCCUUAUGAAUUUUGGGUCGGAGCAAAUGUCGCUGUUGGUACCAGCGUUGGUCAGAUUCGAAUAAACGAUCCAGCUAUAAAAAAAUCCGGGGUUCUUUAUGAUCUUUUACACGGAUAUCACGAGGGAGUUCCAUUCGCAGUAGAAGAGCAGACAGGAACGAUAACGGUGAUUGAUGAGAUUGAACGAUAUCCCAGAAAGUCUUAUGAGUUUGAAGGAGUUGUUACUAAUGAUAAAGAUCUAACUCUAAUUACAAAUGUCUCGAUAAAUGUUGUUGAUCCAAAUGACAAUCGAGAAUUAUUUACCAAAGGAACAACACGAGCUCCAUUGGUCUAUCAUGUAAAAGAAAAUAUGGGAAACGCGUAUAUUGGACAAGUACUUUCGCGGAAUUCAACGUUAAAUGUUACGCGUAAUAUACGUUUUCUUAUAGCCAAUCAACGCGAUGUUCCUGAUAUAGCAAUAACCGAGGACGGUGACCUUUAUACAGUGAGGGGUCUUGACCGUGAAAUCAAACAGAAUUACAGCAUCACUGUUAUUGCUGAGACGACUCGAGGACUCGGGAUAUUCCAGGUUACAAUCGUUGUUGAUGAUGUAAAUGACAAUCCACCGAUAUUUGAUAUAGAAAAAUACGAAGGUCAUUUACCCGAAAAUAGUGUCCCCGGUACAGAAGUUUCUCUGAAUCGUCUGGUAUCUGUUCACGAUGCCGACGACGUAGUGAACCGUAAUUUUAGUUUAACUCUCGAAGGCGAUGCCAGUGAUCUCUUUUCAAUCGAUUCUGAUACGGGGAUAGUUUUUUUCGCCGGUCGUGGCUCUCAUUUGCUCGACAGAGAAAAUAAAUCCACUUACACAUUACGUAUUAUUGCCGCCGACAACAUUAACAAAAAUUCAACCGCCUCGUUAGUUAUAAAUCUCGAUGAUGUUAAUGAUAAUCCACCGACAUUUACUCAAAUGAUUGUUUCUCCCGACUACGGUAUUAUUGUAUCAAACAAUAAAAUAAAUGACAAUGAUGAUGAUAAUGAUAAUGAAAAUGAUAGUGUUGAAAAAUUGAGCAAGGACGGUGAACAGCGUCGGCGUUCACCUUUACUUAUAGUACCGGAGAAUAUAACAAUAGGAACUGUGAUAAUCCGUCUACUGGCCCAUGACAAGGACACCUACGACAACAAUGCCAAGAUAACUUACAGCAUUGCCAAUGAGACGAUAUAUCCACCUUAUCUACACCCAAUUUCCGAUACACCAACAUUACCAACAACACCUUCAAGUUACUUUAUUAUAAAUCCGAGGUCAGGAGAGUUAUCUGUCGCUCGUAGACUUCCUGUCGCACGUAAACUCUAUUUAAAUAUUAUUGCCUCUGAUCCUGACAAUUUGACCGAUCACGUAACUGUUAGAAUGAAAAUUGCCGAUGUCAAUGAUCAUCCACCGGUAUUUAAAAAAUCAUGGUACGCAUUUGAUGUCCUUGAGGGUGUUUACAAUAAAUAUAAAAUUGGUAAAAUAACAGCAGAGGAUCUCGAUCACGGAGAUAAUGCUAAAAUAAAUUACAAAAUACAACAACAGAAUAUUAAUAUUAAUAAUGCUAGUGAAUUAUUAUUUGAAAUUGGAUUGACAACCGGUGCAUUGACAGUAACUGGUAAUGUUGAUCGUGAGAAACGAGAUAAUUAUCAGAUAGUCGUGAUUGGUUAUGAUAAUGGAAUUGUACCGCUCAGUUCAAGUGUCGAUAUUGAAAUAAAUAUUUUAGAUGCUAAUGACAAUCCACCAAAGUUGUACGGUUUUGUUGAGAUUAAACAAUCGGUACCUGUUUAUUAUGCAUCUGUUGCUGAAGAUACACCAAUUGGUACUGUUAUUCAUCGUAUUUAUGCAAAUGAUUCGGAUUUUGUUGGUAAUGGAAAUGGUUUGAUUCUAUUUGAUCUACCAAAUUCACAGGAUCGACAAUUUUUUACAAUAAACAGUAAAGAUGGUAGCAUUUCAACGAUAAAAAAUUUAAAUUACGAGUCUGAAGAAUUACACAAUGUAACAGUGACAGCCCGUGAUUUAGGAUCACCAAGUCUUACGUCUACAGGAAUUUUGUACGUUAAAGUUUUGGACGUUGAUGAACCUCUUGAGGAAUUGGAAGCCGAGAGUAAACCGGCCUUCCAGCAUCGUUAUUACGAAGUUGAGGUCGAAGAAAACUCAUCAACGCCCUUAAAAUUGCUCAAGUUAAAUGUAUCUGAUAAUUAUUUGGGUAAAAUAACCAAAUAUGAAAUAGUGUCAAAUGAUAGUGAAAUAUUGAAUUUAUUUAACAUUGACCCAAAUAAUGGUACAUUAUUUUUAAUAAAAUCAGUUGAUCGAGAGUAUCGAGAUAUUUAUGAAUUUAAGGUCAGAGUUGAUCGUAAAACUCCUCGCGGAUUACCCUCCGCCGCAGCGACAAUGAUAUUAUAUCCAAUUCAAGAGGAUAAACUUAUUGAUUUGAGGACAAACGAAGCUAAAAUAGUUGUACGGGUUAAAGAUAUUAAUGACAAUGCGCCCAAGUUCAAGAGUAAAGGUCGUCCCCUAUUGGCUGCAGUCCCAGCAUCUGCCAACUAUGGCUAUGAAAUAAUACGAGUUGAAGCUAAAGAUCCAGAUGAGGGUAUAAACGCCGAAAUAAGGUAUGAAAUAUUGGGACGUCAAGAUGCUCCGCGGUUUGCUAUUGACCCACUAACUGGUCAAGUCCGCUCGGUCGCCAGUUUUACCAGAGAGGCUGGACGAGUUUUUGGUUUUGAUGUCAAGGCUACUGAUUGUCGAGGCAGUGAUAACGGACGCAGCACCAUUGCCAAUGUUUUUGUUUAUGUUGUUGAUGACAAUAACAAACAAGUGGUUAUAGUUAUGGGAAGAAAACCAACGGAAAUAGAAAAUCAGAUGGAAGACAUUACUGGAGCGCUGAAAAACCUCACGGGGUUAGAUGUCAGGGUGAGAAAAUUAGAGCCCCAUAUUGAGAAAAACUUGAUUGAUACUACUUGUACUGACGUUUAUCUGUAUGCGGUUGAUCCAGAUCUAAAUGUAAUGGUUGAUAUGGAAACUUUGCACAAUGUAUUUCGUCGAAAGAAAUCGGAAAUAAAGGGUGAAUUGGAGCGAUAUCGUGUACUUGAGAUCACAGGAAACACACUGAGAAAUAACGCGAGUAGUUCGAGAUAUUUGCUGUCUACCCUUGAGGUUGGGGUAGUUGUCCUUAGCUGUCUUAUAUUUCUCGGUGCACUGAUAUCAAUUCUCUGUGUCGUUUGUGUUCGUCGUAACAAACGCCAUGGUCAUGAGAGAAGACUAGAUCCAUCAUCAGUAGCAGCAGCAGCAGCAGCAGCAGCAGCAAUGUUUUCACCAGUUGGUUUUGCCCUGACUGAGCCAACCGCAGCUACCUUGAGGAAAUCGGCCUCGUUAUUUCCAAGUUUGGUUGAUGGCCUUCGUUAUGACCCAGAACCCUUUGCCAUCGACACCAGGAGACUCAGUGUCUGUGAACAUGAACCGGGAUGCCUUCAUCACAGUCGGUCGCGUAUUACUGGCUGUGUUGGAGAUUCAAACAACAUUAACAACAACAACAACAACAGCAAUAGAAUCACGACACGAGGAAUUUCUAAUGGAUGCAUUGAAGCUUCAGCAACCUCUGUACAUUCGAGCGGACAAGAUUCUGGAAUAGUUGCGCGUACUUGUCAUUGUGGACAUGGACACUCUUCAACCCCUUCAAGCGGUGAAAGCAGCAAUGGAUACGAGGAUUCUCUAAAGUCACUCAAUCGCAGCGGUGACAAUGAAUUUGUUGUUAAUGAUAAAAAACAACCAGUGACCAGUUGCUCGAGUAACAGGAGACGCACUCGAUUAAAUUCAUUUUCAAAUUGCGAGUCAUCGAUUUACGCCAGAGACACUAGUUUAACUCGGGAGAUGCGUUAUCGGACGGAAGUUGAAAAGAGACGAAUACAAGAUCGACCCUUACCGGAAAUUCACGGCGAGACACUUUACUUGGGACUAUUGGGGAUGGAAACUAAACUAAACCUCGAACCUCGAACCUCGAACCUCGAACCUCCAGUUACCUCGAGUUACCUCAAGUCACAGUGA